CCUUCCCACGCGCAGGAGCGAGCCCUGGGGCCCGGCCUGGGGCCCCCGCCCAACCCCUCCCGGCGCUCCGGGAAAAGCCAGUCGCCACACACAGGCACCCGCAGGCCCCCGGGCCGCGCCCUAAGGAGAGCGGCACCCACGGCCAAUUACCAUGACAACCCCGGGGCUCGUUCCAUUCCCCACCCUGCCGACUCCCCCACUCCCCCUGCGCUGCAGCCAACCGGCUUGUGCGCGGCGCUGGAGCGGCUAUAAAACCUGCGCGGGGCCGCCGCGGAGGCCAGGCGCGCAGAGCCCCUCCGCGGCCGGGCCAGCCUCCUCUGCUAGCCGCGGGCGGGAAUCGCGCGAGCAUGCGGCGCGCACCGAGCCCGGGCCUCCGUCUGCCCAAGCAGUGCCUCGGACUUGCGGGCCUUCUCCUCCACCUCCUGGGACAGGUCGCCGCGACCGCGCGCUGCCCCUCCCGGUGCCCUGCGCCCUGCCCCGAGACGCCGCCGGUCUGCGACCCCGGGGUGAGGGCCGUGCUGGACGACUGCUCCUGCUGCCUGGUGUGCGCCCGCCAGCGCGGCGAGAGCUGCUCCGAGCUGCGGCCGUGCGAGGAGAGCCGCGGCCUCUUCUGCGACCGCGGAGCGGACCCCAGCGCCCAAACCGGCAUCUGCAUGGCGGUAGAAGGAGACAACUGUGUGUUCGAUGGAGUCAUUUACCGAAGUGGAGAGACCUUCCAGCCGAGCUGCAAGUACCAGUGCACCUGCGCAGAUGGGCAGAUCGGCUGUGUGCCCCGCUGUGAAGAAGACCUGCUGCUGCCCCAGCCUGACUGCCCCGCUCCGAGGAAGGUUGAAGUGCCCGGGGAGUGCUGUGAGAAGUGGGUCUGCGACUCAAAUGAGAAGGAGGCAUUAGGAGACCUCCACGCCCUUCCAGCCUACAGGACAGAAGCCACUCUGGGAGUUGCAGUUUCCGACUCAAACAUCAACUGCAUUGAGCAGACCACAGAGUGGAGCGCCUGUUCCCGGAGCUGCGGCAUGGGCCUUUCCGCGCGUGUCACCAACAGGAACGCAGAGUGUGAGAUGGUGAAGCAGACUCGGCUCUGCAUGGUGCGGCCCUGUGAACCAGAGCACAAGCAGCCAGCAGAUAAGAAAGGAAAGAAGUGUCUCCGCACCAUGAAGUCGGUGAAAGCCACCCACCUGCAGUUCAAGAACUGCACGAGCCUGCACGCCUACAGGCCCAGGUUCUGCGGGGUCUGCAGCGACGGCCGGUGCUGCACCCCACACAACACCAAAACCAUCCAGGUGGAGUUCCGGUGCUCCCCGGGGCAGGUCAUCAAGAAGCCGGUGAUGGUCAUCGGGACCUGCACGUGCCACAGCAACUGUCCCCAUGACAAUGAGGCCUUCCUCCAAGAGCUAAAGCCGAACACCAGCAGAGGGGGAAUGUGACGAGCACCCUGAGAGGCACACUUAACAGAGGCAAACUGUAACUGUCCCCCAUCGAACAAAGAGAAGAAAAUAAUUCAGAAUUAUUUCACCCCUGAGUCCUGUGUAUUUUCUGUGGCCCUAUGAGGUCAGUUAUAUCUAUCUUUUUUUUUUUGAAUGAAAGAUGUGAUUAACUGUAAACUUGGAAUCAAGGCAAGCUCAGGAUAGUACUUAGGGGUGACAUUUUCUGUGGGGUUUACCACACAUGAAGAUUUCUGUAAAGUUAAGAAGUCAGAUAUAUGUUUUAUUGUGUAGACUGUAUCACAUUAUACUUGUCUUAUUUGUUUAAACAUUAGUGCAAUUUCAAGAAAAUGUCACUGUAAUGAAUGACGCAGUGAAGUCCAGGGUUAUACUGAAUAUGUCAUCGUUACGACAUUUCACCCUGUAUCGGCAUUUGACUUGAGGGUCUCUGUUGAGCUCUUUUUUUGAGUAGCUCAGGUUAACUUACAGGUCCAAGAUCCAAGGAAAAAUAUAACUCUUCAACUUGAAAUCCAGAGACUAUUAGUUUUCUGUUUAGAUGUACACUAGGAAGCAAAUUAUAUCUAGUAAUGGAAUGUUUGUUGAUUAAGUAGGCUGGUGACAUAAACUUGCUCCAUUGCAGACGACUUGACUCCUUUCCAAGAGAAAGAAGCUAAACAGACCACUCUUCCUAAUACAGAGAUGACCAGUCCCUACCAGCUCCCAUCCAUGUGUAUGUACUGGAGGCUACUGGGACUCAUGAAUUUUUUUAAUUCAAAAGAAGCAGAGCAUAUCAGCAGAGAACCUCUCAUUUGACUAUGAGGAGUAAACUGAGGCCCAAAGUACCUGACUUCAACCCUUGAUGACUUUCAAAUGUGUAGUAGAAUUUUUUAAAAGAAGAACAAACUUGACAUGACUGUGGUGGUCAGACACCACAAAUUUUAUGGGAGUUUAGAAUUAUUGUGGACAUGCCCAAAACUUAUCCUUGGGCUCUAGUUAUGCAAAUUCACAAGCAAGAUAUAUAUGUAUACAUACAAGUAUCUAAUUUGUCAGGCCGUAAGAUAGGCUGCAAACUUAAAUUCUUCUAAUGUCACCAUAUGUGUUCAGCUUUUCUCCUUUCAAGUAUUUAUAUAAAUUAUACAUUUUUUAAAAUAUUCUUUUUACUUUCUGCAUUUGUCAGAUAUCACUAAAUAAACAUGAUCUUAUCAA